AUGCCGAAGGAAAACAAGAAGCGUGGCCGGCGCGAGGAGCUGAAGAAGCGAAAACGGGAUCACGGCGACGAAGGACACACGAACAAAAGACGCAAGUCCUCAGGUGCUGUCGAGGCGGAGGAGUACAUCUCGCUCGGCCAAAAUGGCGAUGUCGGACUCACCUCCGGACCCGGCGAAAUGCCAUUCUAUGGCAUGCUCGACGAGGAAGAGCAGGAAUACUUCAAGCGGGCCGACGAGAUGCUCGAGCUGAACCAGUUCAACGACGACGAGGAGAAGGUCUUGUUCCUUACCAGCGUCUACCGCGAGGCUGAAGGCAAGGAGCUCAAGAUGGCUAACAGCCAGUCAUGCUCGAGGCUGAUGGAGCGACUUAUAAUGCUGUCGUCGCCUGAUCAGCUUAAGGCUCUUCUCCAGAAGUUCAGCGGGCACUUCCUCCACCUCGUCCAACACCGAUUCGCCUCACACUGCUGCGAAACACUGUUCAUCCGGUCAGCACCCAUAGUCACACGAGAGCUAGUAGCACCACCAGAGGAGGACAAGGGCGAUCCGCAAGGCGUCUACGUGUCCAUGGAGAACCUCUUCCUCUACGCUAUCAACGAGCUCGAAGGCAACCUCGGGUACUUGAUGACGGACAGGUUCGCAUCCCAUACCCUACGGGUUCUUCUCGUUGUACUGUCCGGACAACCUCUUGAGCACUCUGCAACAAAGACACUGCUGCAAAGCAAACGAAAAGAAAGGAUAGCUGUCAACGGCGCUGAGAAGACCAACGAGUUCAGGCUUGAGAAACGCGCGGUGCCCGAAUCUUUCCUGGCCGCAUUGGAGAAGAUCAUCAGAGAAAGCGUAUCAGGACUAGACACGACGUAUCUCCGCGCUCUUGCUACUCAUCCGACGGGCAACCCUACUCUACAACUACUGCUUCAGCUCGAGCUGACCCAGUUCGGCAAGCAGAGAGCCAAGGAUGAGGCUUCGAUCAUUCGAAAGCUGCUGCCCGAUGAUCCCGUCGUGGAAGGCACAGAGAGCGCUUCUUUCAUCAACGGCUUGGUGUACGAUGCCGUCGGGUCACGGUUGCUGGAAACUAUUAUCGAAUACGCGCCGGGAAAAUUGUUCAAGGCACUGUAUAAGGAGUUCUUCAGGGAGCGCAUCGGCAGCCUAGCGCGAAACGAAAUUGCUGGAUACGUCGUCUCCAAGCUUCUAGAAAGGCUCAGCAAAGAAGAUUUGGCGGAAGCAGCGAAUCUCAUCCUGCCACAGCUCCAGAGCCUGGUCGAAAGAAGUAGGGUAGCUGUUAUCAAAACGCUCAUCGAGCGUUGUGCAGCGAGGGGCGUCGAUACAACCGCCAUUGCGGAGCAGCUCGAACAAGCGUACGGCGGUCCGAACGGAUUUGAAAUUGCAAGACUACUCAAACUAGGCGAAGCUACAACAGAAAAUGGCCUCCACCCCCCCUCCGAGAGCACCGCCGCAUCCACCCACCCCGAAAAGCGGCACGGCUCUCUACUUGCACAAGCCAUGAUCGCCGUCCCGGGUCCUCUCAGCGAGCUCAUAUUCGAAUCACUCGCCCGGCUCGGCACGCCUCUAGCGCUCAAAGUGGCAAAAGACCCGACUGCCUCCCGCACGCUGCAAGCAGCCCUCACUUCGCCGAACGCAAGCAUCAUCUUCCGGCGCAAAAUGAUCCAGCAAUUCUACGGGCACAUCGCCGAGAUGGCGCUGGAUCCCUCCGCAUCCCACAUCAUCGACUCCAUCUGGGACGGCACGCACGGGCUGGCCUUCAUCCGCGAGCGCAUCGCCGAGGAGCUGGCGGAGAAUGAGGCUUCCCUGCGUGAAUCUUUCGUUGGGCGGGCGGUGUGGCGGAAUUGGAAGAUGGAUCUCUACAAGCGGAGGAGAGGCGACUGGGUCACGGAAUCGAGAGUUAGCGCGGGGAACGAUGGGUUCCAGCCGUUUCCGGAGGGCAUCACAGGCAAUCAGAACCUGGAGAAGAAGUCAGGGAUUGAGUUCGCCAGGCAGCGGCACGCGGCUGCCAAGGCGAGCAAGGGCAAGGGGAAGGCACACGACAAGCACAAGGGCCCGGCGCCUGUCGCUGGUGGUGCCGCGGCGCAGCCAAGGUGA